AUGUUCAAGUUCAUCAACACGACAGACGGUCUGCCGCAAAAACGCAAACAGGCACAGCAGGCUUGUGAUACGUGCCGGAAGCGUAAGAAACGAUGUGAGCACCUGGAGAAUGCCGUUGCAUCUCCGCCUAAGACUCCGGACUCCGAGUCUACGCGUCCCGCUGCGCGCCCGAGACCGACACGGAGGCCCUCAGACGGAACUCCCGCCGUCUCGAAGAGGACCCCCUUGAAUCCUCGGCCACCUUCCAGCUCAGACCGGGAGCCGACUGCAGAGUCACGGGACCGAACUUCGCAUUCUGGCGGCGAUCAGGCGCCGCGGCGACGCCAGCUUCCCGCCGACGACGACUCUAGCCAACAUGAUGACGCUCGCUUCGUUGGCGACUUGAAUCCCGAAGGAGCGUUUCUUGCCGACAGCCCAGGUACCAGCCGCGGGUAUGCAGAAUCACAUUCCGUGGGCGUCUGGUAUUCCCGCCGAAGCGCGAGGAGUAAUGAGCCGAUCACGGAACUCGCACCCGCCGGGUCAGUUGACCAUGCGGAACACCAGUUUCUUGCUGUUCUUCCCAGGAAAUCUCAUUACGACAAGUUGGAGAGUAUCUACCUCCGCAACGUUCACAGAAUACUUCCAGUCAUCGACUUGGAUAUCCUCCAAAAGCCAGUCUCAUCGAUAUCUCAGAUCCUAUGCAAACAAGCCAUUUCUCUGGCCGCGGGGUCGAACCCCAGCGCCAAGGCCUUUCUGACCCUCGGCGAGGACUCAUCAGUAGUUCUGACUUAUCCAGAGUUCGCGCAACGGCUAUCAUCCGCCAUGCGCAAAGCAAUUGGUCUCGGGUUGCUCAAGGAUAGAGUUCACGCAACUGCGGUCUUCGUUAUUCUCUCGCUUUAUACCCAUUUUUCUGACGACCGGCAUCUCUCAGCAGAACUGGCGGCGCAGGCCGAACAGGAUAGUUGCUUCCGCUUGUUUCUCGAGAUCGUGGCCCUCCUGGGUCGAAUUAUCGACCUCUAUCGUCCCGCUCGGAAGACAUCGAGUUGUCCAGUUAUGGAGGAUCUUCCAAGCUUCGAAAGCCUUGUGGACAAAGCGCAGGCCCUCCGCGUGGAGUCUCGACUGUUAGGAACUAUUGAGCUCUUGUACCAUGCCAUCGCCAUUCUCUCUUGUCGAAUACCCGUCGGCCCGUCAGCAUCUGAGCAAGCAUCGCUAGCUUACACUCGCCAAUCUCUUUCGGCCAUCAAAGUGACCACCAUCAUCGAGGACUUCGGUGCCUCUUUAUCCCAUAUGACUUUCGUACCUUACGCCGUAUCGCUGUCACUGAGAGUUGCAUAUCGAGAGCUUCGGUCCAGCAAGGUGCCGAUGCUGACGGCACGAUCUCGCCGGCAACUCCAAGCGACCUGUCGUAUCCUGCGAAAUCUUGGCGGGAUGUUUCGGUCGGCACUGGUCAUGGUCGACCUCGCGGAACAAGUUCUCCAGGAGAUGGACCAAGUAUGUGCCGCCAAUAAGCCGGAUGAAAACGGUACAAAUAGUUCGACAAAUGCGGCCAACACCCCUGGUCAGGAGAAUGCCCUUGUGCAAGCUGGCCCAGAGGCAGAAGGCAACCCCGAUGGUAACACCUUCGUCGCACAGCAAGCAGAGCUCAUCAACGCGUUUGAUCCGGCCUUUUAUGACGGCCCAGCUGGUCUGGAUGUGUUUGAGUACUUCCACCCCAGCUUCGAUCUCAAUGCUAUCGACGCUAUCCUGGGGGGUGACGCACCACCUGAAUUCGGCCCUAUGGCACCUCUGUCUUGA